CCGACUCCAUUAAACUAAAUAGUCAGCACGGCAGGCGAGCACAAACCCAGUCAGAUAAACCUUUCUUGUUCCUGCUCUUUCCAUUCUAAAAUCCAAAUCCACGCGAGCUGGCACUUCAUAAUUCGACCGUUGCGUUUAAAUAUUCAGUCAAAGCAAACAUGCAAUUCCCCUUCGCUGCAAGCAAACAGAAGCAAAAGGCGCCAUAAUCCAGCUGUAGACCUAUUUCCUUCUCCAAAACGCUCAGAUGAUCAGCAUUGUAAUAAGAAGGAAAUCCGUUCCUUUCCCCUAUAUUCUCCUGUGGUGAACCUCCCUCCCUCCCUCCUAUGGAGGCCAAAAAAGCCGCGGUUGUUGUUUGCAUUGCAACCACCGUCCUCCUACUCGCGCUCAUACUCCUCUUCUCAUUCCUCGGAAUGUUAUCCAAAACCCUCUUCACUGUCGUAGCCAUCGCCUUUGCCGUGGUCGUCGUGAUCGCCGUAUGGUUGUUUGUACACCACGCAAUCAUAAAUCAGAGGAGGAAGUCGGCGCCGGUGAGGCGCUCGGUCGUCGUGGGCGAAGAGCUCCGCCUCGAAUAUAGCUUCCUCCAAAAGGUUGCAGGGCUACCCAGAAAGUUUUCCUACAGAACACUCGAGGCCGCCACCGACAACUUCCAGGCGUUGCUCGGACGUGGCUCCUCGGCGUCGGUCUUCAAGGGGAUCCUGGACGAUGGCACGGCCAUCGCCGUCAAGAGGAUCGAGGGCACCGAGCAUGGGGACAAGGAGUUCCGAUCCGAGAUCGCAGCGAUCGCCAGCAUCCAGCACGUGAACCUCGUACGCCUUCUUGGCUACUGCCUCAUCCCCGGCGGGCCAUACUUCCUCGUCUACGAGUUCAUCCACAAUGGAUCGCUGGAAAACUGGAUUUUUUCAAGGGAGGAGUGCAGUCGCUGCCGAUGCCUACCGUGGGCGUUGAGGUACCAGGUUGCAAUCGAUGUCGCCAAGGCCCUUGCAUACCUUCACCACGAUUGCCGGUCGCGGGUACUGCACCUCGAUAUCAAGCCGGAGAACAUUCUGCUCGAUGAGAGCUUCCGGGCGGUCGUAUCGGACUUUGGCCUGUCAAAGCUGAUGAGCAAGGAUCAGAGCCGGGUUGUGACGACAGUCCGAGGGACUAGAGGCUACUUGGCCCCAGAGUGGCUCUUAGAGAAUGGGAUAUCGGAGAAGUCCGAUAUAUAUAGCUACGGGAUGGUGCUUCUGGAGCUCGUGGGAGGGCGUCGGAAUGUUUGUCUUGUCGGAGAUGGCGAUAGAUCUCAGCGGAAGUGGUCAUACUUCCCGAGAAUUGUGGCCGAGAAGGUGCGGGAAGGGAGGAUCAUGGAGGUGGUGGAUGAGAGGUUGAGGGGGGAAGGAGGUGGAGUGGAGGAGAAGCAGGUGAGGACUUUGGUCGACGUGGCACUCUGGUGCAUCCAGGAGAAGGCUAAGCUGAGGCCGAGCAUGGCGCGGGCGGUCGACAUGCUCGAGGGUAGGAUGGCCGUCGACGUCCCACCAGAGACGCAGAUGAUCGUUGUAGACCUCCUGGCGAUCGACCAACUCAACUCCGACGACGGCCGCUUCGGACUUCGCGCUGCUGCUGGGGCUGCUUCACAGGCGUGCCCGUCGGAGAGCAAGCACCCAACGUCAUCGUCGACCUGCUCGUUGGCUAUGUCAGCUCUAUCCGGUCGAUGACGCCAUUUUAAUUUGGCCAGUCAAAACUUGAUUAAAGAUUGUCCUGAAUUGCUUCCUUUUCCUGUUAAUUGACUAGUUCGUCAGAGAUCUCUUUUUCUUUUUCUCCUUUUUCCCUCUCCAUGGAUUUGGUGGGAUUGGAAGAAUAUUUAGGGGAAGUGUUUUUGGGCUUAA